AAGGUUUGCAUGGAAGGGAGACUGAUACUGGAGUUCACGUUCGACGACCUGAUGCGGAUCAAGUCGUGGCACAUGUCGAUCCGGACGCACCGAGAGUUCAUCCCGCGUUCCGUGGUGGCCAUGCACGUGGCGAACGCGCAGCAGCAACAGCAGCCCAUCUCACCGGACGCUGCCGAGCUGAGCAAGAACAUCACGCGCCAGGGCCUCACGUCCUACACUCUCAAUUACCUCAGGUUGUGCGUGAUUUUGGAGCCGAUGCAGGAGCUGAUGUCGCGACACAAAGCGUACUCGUUGUCACCGAGGGACUGUCUGAAAACCACACUCUUCCAAAAAUGGCAGCGGAUGGUGGCGCCCCCUGGUAAGUGGCUUAUGUCUCCAAGCUUAUCCAGAUGCCCAGUCAAGAAAAAAACGGAUGAAGUUGUGGAGCAAAAGUAUUCAUCUGUUGGAAGUGCUCAUGCUCAAGUGAUGUCUGUUAUGCAUGAAUCUCAACGACCAGCGAGUAAACGACGCAAAAGAAAGGGCUCGGCGUCCAACAGCGCAGCUUCGGCAUCCGGCGGACCUGGUGGUGGCGGCGGCGGCGGCGGCAACAAGAAAAAGUCGCCGGGAUCCCAGAAUUUUUCUCUUGCCUCGCAGGACGUGAUGGUGGUCGGAGAGCCUUCGUUGAUGGGCGGUGAGUUCGGCGACGAAGACGAACGUCUCAUCACCCGACUGGAGAACGCGCAAUUCGAGGCCGCGAACGGACUUGAAGACCCGGGCCACUUUGACGGCGGCAUGCUCACUUCCGCACCGAGUCCCUGGCAGCAGCAAGGCGCCCCGGGCAGCGUCGGACCGCCACCAGGUGGCGGAGGCGGUGGUCCUGGUCCGGGUCCCGGCGGCAUGACUCCAACCGGUGGCCCACCGCAGCAGCAACAGCAGCAGCCACCGCAGGGCCAGAACCCGGAUGUUCCGGAUAAGAAGUCCCCGGUCGUCAGUCAAUGAGGCAGUUGUAGUACUAUUCUGGUUUUUUUGUCUGUGUUUUUCUGAUGAAGGGUUAUGAUUGCUAUUUUUUCGGUUGAUCGCAGGGAAUUGCAAAAUUGCGGCAAGCAGAUCAAAAUGGUCAAAUGAGUGGGAGUGUGAAGUAGAAAGUAAAUUGUAAUCCCUGCGAAAAUCCGCUGAGGCUAGACUGCCAUUAUUCGUGGGUCACUCCAAACAAUAAAAGUGUUCUGGGUUUUUACUUUGCUGGCAAAAUGGAAGGAUAUUGUAAAGUCACGACAAAGUUUACUCUAGGAUUCACGCUCUGCGCUGCCAUUUUUCGAAUCAGUUAGUUGUAGGACAACUACCGUAUUUCUUGCUGUCAAAUGCGUCUGCCCUAUGAACAAAAUUAAGGUUAUCAAUAACCUGUAACAUUGUGUCCAAUGUCGUAUGUGUGAAGAUGAUCUGGUGAUGCUUCGAAGAAGGCUCAUUUUUCUCUCCUUGAAAUAUAAUACAGUACAUGCAGAAAGCCUCGUGAUUUUGUAAUGCAUGAAUAAAUUACAUGGAAAUAAUUUAAUCCGUCGAGUUCGGAGAUAAGGGCUCGCGCAGAAUUUCAAGUAGUGUAAGUGCCGUUGGUUAUAAUUUCACCGUAUAAUUGGAAUAAAAGGAAAGAAAAAAACUGCGUUAUAAAACUCCCCUGGGCAUGAUGAAUCAAAACAGUCUAUGUGUUCAUGUUUUUUGUUCAACUCGAGACGACAUUGAUCCAGGAAAUUCACUUCAUCGUUUUGCAGCACGGAGCGUGAAUCAGAGAGAGGCUUUUCAAGGAAUUCUUCGAAACCGCUCUCGUACCUGUGGGAAACUCUUUCGAUUUUUCCAAUUUUUUAAAAACUUUCAUCGGAAACUACGCAAAAGUUUGGUUCAUUUUAAAGUAAUGAUGAAUUGAUGAGUAGACGAAGUCUGGAAUGACCCACGCCAGCGUUUCCGAUCUGCAGGGUGGAAUAAAUUGAAUCAAUUCUCCUGAUGCCGCGGGAAAAAUCAUAAGAUCCAAAGGAUUUUCUUCGUUGCAAGUCGAUUUUUUCUUAAGGAAACCGCGAUUGAAGGCGGAGAAGCCAAAGUUUAGUCGAUCGACUUGAAAGCGGUAUUCGUGUGGUGCCCUGUUCAUAAGUUCUUCUCCAAGUACCUUCAAAGAAAAUGCUUUCAGUCGUAAUUCCUCUACCGUAGGAAGAAAAAAUAAAUAAAUGAAGGGCGGGGAUGUGGUUGCGAAGCAACACUUGCAGAUCAAAAAACAGAAGAAUAUCAUUGGAUUUGCUGUCGAACGGGUUGAGAAUUAAUUAAGUCUUAGAGUUUUUUAUUGGAGAUUUAUUCUGCCCUGCAGUUGUCUCUUCCUUAGAUCUGAAUGCUUGGAGGCCGUCAUUGAGUGAGUUCAGCUGAGACAGUUGAAAAUUCAAAUUCUUUUCUCUCAUAGCCUCUUAUCAUGUCUCUCCUGGUACCCGAAGAGGGUUUACGAAGGGUGGAUAAGUCCUGAAAAAUUGUCAGAGCUGAAAGCGUAAUCCAGGAAGGGAGUAGACCAUGGAAGUUCGUGGAUGCCAUAAGAAGCUAAGAUGCUUUAUCUUUUCAACUGAUACAGUUCAACUCACGAAGUGAAGCGGGAGAUUGUUUCCGCGUUGUUUGAUUUGAGUUGCAAGCGAUCUCAGGCGGCUUUUGAGUUGUCGGACUUUUUCUGACUCUGAGUCGUGUGGCAUAUCCUUUUUAUUUUCCCGGGCGUGCUCGCGGUUGUUGAUGUGACUCCGAAGGAGACGAAAAAAAAAAAAGUUCACUGGUUGACUCGGUCCCCAUUGGCCAACUUUUCCCAGGAAAGAGUAAAUUUCAGAGAAAAAUGAUGUGGUGUAUUUGGAAUAGGAAUUAUCCGUUGUCCUCAAGAUUUUGAAAAUAUUUCUACAUGAUUUUUUGCCUCAUUAGUGUCGAGUCGAACGCAAGUGGAUUCUUUUUGGGUGAAGAAGCUUGUACGGUAUUUUCUUUUUCUGUUGAAGAUAGAGCCGUUUCUUCUAGGUCGACUUUCUCUGAUUCAAAAUGAACUCCUGAUAUCACGUUGUCUCAGGGAUGCUAGGUAGCCAAGUGGGAUCGAGUUGACAGUGUGGCAGUAAAAUGAAAAGAAAAAAAAGGUUUUGAUUGAAGGGGGAGAAAAGUGGGGCGUCAACGAAAUCUCAAGUGAAUUCACGUGGAGGCAAGUGUCGUUUUUUUUUUCUUUGAUGUGUAACGGGGAAAGAUUUUGUGUGGAAGAUGUGAAAAGAAGAUUCCUUUCAUUUGUAUAUGUCUCUCCGUGAGUUAGAAGCCAAAUCAAGCGUCCGUUUCUACGGAUUGGAACCUGAAGUGCGAACUGAGCCGUUUAUUAAUGCGAUCCGCGUAAAUCGAAGGCGCGCAAAUUAAAAUUUGGCUAUUUGAA